AUGCAUGCUAUUACUAGGCUUCCAAAAACGUGGGUGAUACAGCCCCGUCUACCUGCGGCCCAACGGCUACUCUCGACCUCCCACAGGCCAUUCAACAACAGGAUUGUAGCCAAUCAGAGAGCCACAGCAAAGGUCACCAUCAAGUCACCCCUGAAAACCCCUAUUCAGUCAACAAACGCGACUCUUGCGUGCCGCUCCUACUCUGCUGUCCAAAGCAAGAAGCGAUCACGAACCCCAAUCACAGUCGAUGGAAAGAAUCUUGAGUUCUCCUCCAUCCUCUUACGCGAUUCCUGCCAAUGUCCAUCAUGCGUCCACGAAUCAUCCAACCAACGACUCUUCUCGGCCGCCGACAUCCCAGCCAACAUCCAAGCCCGCUCCAUCGAAAUUGAUAGCGCUUCCGAGUCGGUGAACAUCAAAUGGGAGAACGAUGCUCCUGGCUUUGGUGAAGACCACACGACGCAGAUAAGUGUGGCAGCUUUGCGGGAACUCGACCAGUCUGGCUCUCUUCCUGGUUUCAGUAGAGACUCCCAUGACGCACAAAUUCUAUGGAACAAAGAUCCUCUCCCAAACCUGCAAGACUUCGACUACAACGAGUACAUGAAGGAUGAUAGAGAGGUCUACAAGCUCAUCCAUCAGCUUAGAACUGACGGACUAGCCUUUGUUACAAAUGUCCCUGGCAAGGUGGAGUCGCUGGCGACGAUAGCGACCCGCAUCGGUCCUGUCCAGGACACUUUCUAUGGCCAUACCUGGGAUGUUCGCACAGUUCCACAAGCAAUCAACGCUGCAUACACAUCUGCUGAUCUAGGAUUCCACACCGACCUGCUAUACUUCCAAAACCCACCACACGUCCAGCUGCUCCACUGUGUUCAAUCUGCAUCCAAAGGGGGAGCCAGUGUCUUCGCCGAUGCCUACAAAUCUGCCGUGGAUCUGUACUACUCCGACCCCAAAGCGUUCGAGACACUUGCUACAAUUCCCGUCAACUAUCAUUAUAACCAUCCCAAUGAUAACGUGUACCGCACCACGAAGACGGUCAUUGACCUCCGACCGCUCCGAAUCGGUGAUAAGGCUUACACAAGUGUUCAUGAAUAUGCCAAGGACUACCAUCAAAUCAGCCUGAAGAAUGGCGGAUCUGGAUGGAGUGAUGCUGUGCUUGUGGAUCACAUGCUGAAGAUCAACUGGGGACCCCCGUUCCUUGCACCCUUCUCCAAUCAUCAAGAUCCCAUCCUCCAGGAUGGAACUAGCCAGUCUCCUCUAUUGAUGCUGAAUAACAAAGUAGAAGCAUGGCACGAGGCUGCGUCUGAGUUCAACGCUUUGCUGCAGCGCUCGGAGUACUUGUACGAGCGCAAGAUGAACUCGGGAGAUUGUGUCCUGUUUGACAAUACGAGGACGCUGCACUCAAGGAGAGCCUUUGAUAUGGCGGAUGUUGGAAAGCCAAGAUGGCUAAGGGGGACAUACGUUGAUAAGGAUUCGUACUUUAGCAGACUGCGUGUGCUCAAACAUAAAUUUGGGUGA